GCGGCGGCGGCGGCGGCGGCAUGGCGCGGGGCCGAGGGCCUUUGGUGGCGGUGACGAUGCCAAUGGCAAUGGCGGCGGCGGCGGCUCUUUAAUCAACACCAACACCGGGUGCGCGCGGCUGUAGCCGGUAACGCUGAACCCCGAUUCUCAGCCUUCACUGGAGAGGCUCCCGGGGCGGGGAGAGGUUUCUAUUCACAAUGAUGGAAAAUGAUUGUGAAUUCUUCAGCACUCCACCCAAGAAGACUGUUCGAUUUGGUGCAACUGUUGCAGCAACCCUAAAGAAGUUCAAACAGGGAGAUACUGCUGAUUAUGACUUGCUGAUGCGUCAACUGGUUGAUCCAGAAAUAAAGGAUGCCCAGAUGAUCAACUGGCUUCAGGAAUUCCGCACUUCUGUCACUAACUUGACAAAAGAUUUUGAGUAUCUUGUCGGCCAGAUAUUGAAACUGCCAUGGUUAUCUCGAAGCCAAACGGUGGUUGAGGAAUACUUGGCCUUUUUAAGUAACUUAGUCUCAGCUCAGACCUUCUAUCUGAGGGCAUGUCUUCGUAUGGUGGUAUCCAAUUUUGUACCAGGGAGAAUUAUUAUCCGAGAAAAUGGUGUGGAUAUCUCUGACUCGGAUGAUGACGAUGAAAGUAUUUCCAGAAAUUUUGACGUUUGCCAUCGAGCUCUACAGCUGAUAGCAAGAUAUGUACCUUCAACACCACAAUUUCUGAUGCCAAUACUGGUUGAAAAAUUUCCGUUCAUAAAGAAAUCAGGCAGAACUCUGGAAUGUUAUGUGCACAAUUUACUGCGGAUCACUGUGUAUUUCCCAUCACUGCGCCCAGAGAUUUUGGAACUCAUUGUGGAAAAAUUCCUUAAGUUGGAUGCGAGUGCCCCACGUAAUAGUAUUGAAGAUGCAGAAGAAGCUGAGGCCAAAGAAGAGUUCCCUACAUUGGCAGAGGAAGGCCUCUUUGAUAUGGAUGAGGAUGAAGAGAAGCAGAAGAUCCAUCCAGUGGCACCAAAUGACGUGAUGGUUCAUCCGGUGGCUGAACGGUUGAAUAUUGUGAUGGCUGUCCUGCUGGCUUACAUAAAGGAUGUCUGUUUCGUCGAUGGUGAGUUGGAGUUGACCAGGACAAAAGACCUGUACCGUGACCUGAUAGUUGUGUUUGAUAAACUGGUCCUUCCAACACAUGGCUCCUGCCACGUCCAGUACUUCAUGUUCUAUAUCUGCAGUUUUAAGCUGAUGUUGGCAGAGGCUUUUCUGGAGCAUCUUUGGAAGAUCUUGCAGAAUCCAAACAGUCCUGCAGUAAUAAGGCAAGCAGCUGCUGGAUAUAUUGGUAGCUUCCUGGCUCGAGCAAAAUAUAUCCCUAUGGUUACUGUGAAAGCUUGUUUGGAUCUUCUGGUUCCCUGGUUACACCACUACAUCGACAACCUGGAUGCUGGAAGCAAAGCUUACUGUGAUGUGUAUCUCCACGGGUCAUUCUACUCCACUUGUCAAGCUGUGUUCUAUGCCUUCAUAUUCCGAUGUAGGCAGCUGCUAGAAGGACAUCUGAAGAAAGGUUUGGCAUACUUGCAGAGUCUGAAUUUUGAACGUAUAGUAAUGUGCCAACUGAACCCACUAAAAGUUUGCCUACCUUCUGUCAUCAACUUGUUUGCAGCUAUUACAAGGAAGUACCAGUUAGUUUUCUGUUACACUAUAAUUGAACGAAACAAUCGUCAACUCUUACCUGUGAUUAGGAGCAGCGUUGGAGGUGACUCUGAGCAGACGUGCACCAACCCACUUAACUGCUUCUUUCCCUUUGAUCCUUGUGUUCUUAAAAGAUCAAAAAAGAUGAUCGACAGUCUUUACCAGGUUUGGGAAGACUUGAGCGUUCAUGAGCUUCAGAUGCCACAGAAAGUUGUGAAACAGAAUACCGCUGAAGAUGAGGAGGACGACUUCUUAAGAGAAGAAGUUCCUCAGAACGAAACAGUUGUUGCAAUCACACCAAAUUCUUUUGAGUCCUACAUGCGAAGUCCAAGCAAUGUAGACGCUCCACCCGAUUUGUUUUCACAUCGGCACUAAAUGAUGGAAAUGUACACAGUUCUACUUCCAAUGUGCGGGUGCAGUUCAAAACAAACUUUCAACACGCCUGCUCUCAUCACUAAAGGACGUAAUGUAUGAAAAUACACACGAAAGACUGUUUAGUGACCCUGGUAUAUUGAUGUGGGCUUUUGUCUGGAUUCUAUUGUUAUUUCCACUUAGCUACUCUGUAAAUAUAUUUGUACAUUUGUGCAUAGUUAUUGGCUUUUGUAAAUCUGACAUUAUUCAGUAUACUUUUUGUUUUAAACGUUUAUAACCGGAAUUAUUUUUAAAUCAGUUUCUAGACUGCCAUUGAGAAAUGACAUUUAUGUUUUUGAAUGAAGACUGACUUUUCUAAAUUACUGACCAUGUGCUGCAAGGAGUGUGCUCAAGAUUUUUGACCUUAGUUUCCAUAUCAUCGUAAUUAUCUUGGAUUUUUAAAGUAUAGUUUUGUAUACUUUUAAAUUUAUUUUUGGAGAGCUGAAGUGUUUUUGAUAUGAGACAUGUCUUUCUCUCCUCUCCUUUCUCUCCUCUCCCCCACACUCCUAGUUUUCAAUUGAUUUCUGCUAUUUUCUUUUGCUGUCUGUGUUUCUAUUCAUUUGUUCAUUUGGUGGGAUAAAUCUGAGUAAAUUAAUUUAUUUUAUAUAAGGGUCAGAACCUUUGUCAGCUGCUGAGGAAUUUUUUUUUUUUAAACGAGUCCUCACCUGAAAAUAAUAGGGGCUCAAAGCUAGCUUCCAAACCAUAGCCAAAUCCUUAAAAGUCACCAUUCUUCAACAGCUCAUCAGGUGUCCCAGUUUGGUUCCCAGGCAAAAAAGGUAAGUUAUACCUACUCGCCCUUUAGUUACUUUGGAGUCGUGUGGGUUAGUGGUCAGAGCACUCGCCUCUCAAGCGAGAGGUCCUGGGUCAAUUCCCAAGUGGGGUAAAACGUUUGGCAAGUUUCCUUACUCCACACCCCUCUGUUUACCUAACAGUAAGUAGGAAGACGGUUGUUAGUCGAUUGGCGGAUUGCUUUUCCGUGUUAAUAAUCCUUUCAAAAUAAUUUGGUCACUCAAUCCACGAAUGUUUGUGAGACACUGCUGUGUGCAAUUGGCUUCCGCAUUCUGUCCACAGAAUAUACAGUCAAUUCACUUUACAGUAUAUUCUGUGAAUUGCUUUGAGACGUCUCGAAGACACUAUAUCAAAGGCAAGGAUCAUUAUUUUAUUAUUAUUACUUUCACUCCAGCUUUAUAUCUAGUGAUUAUCUCAAACCUUGUUCCGUAGCCAAAUGCCACAGAUGAACAAAGUGUUGCUUACUAUGUUGCUAACAUUUUUAAGAGAAGGGUGUGACAGAUAUGGAAAGUUCUUAUAAAAUGGUUGGCACAAUAUUUCGAGAUUGCACAACAGCAAACUUCAGAGUUGCACAACCUGGGCGUGUUACAGAAUUAAAAUUAUUUAAUGUGAUCCAUAAUUUUAUGAUUUCAUUAACUGUCAAUAAAAUGUUUGGAUCUAGAUGUUCUGUCUGGUUCUAAACAUAUGCAUCA